AUGUCGGAACUAGUUGUUGCUGGCCCCGCGCCCCCGCCGCCCAUGACGUUUCGCGAGCGGUUGACCCAGUUUAGGAUUCUCGAAGAGAAGCGAUGUGAGCUUAUCGAGGAACUGCUGGACAAGCUGGAAAAGACAGAAGAACGCCUUGCGCAAACCGAACUGGAUCUAGGUUCUGAGCAGAAUGUUAGACGAACACUGCAAGCGGAGAUUGCCGAGACGACGAGAACGAUGCAGGCGCAGAUAGACGAGUCAAAGGCGAAAGAGGAAGCAUUAGUACAGCAACAGGCGAAGCGACCCUUCGUCAUCGUCCUUAUAGAUGCCGAUGCUGAAGGCUUUCUGUUCCAAGACAAGUACAUCACUCGGAAAGCCCAAGGCGGCGAAUCUCUCGCCGACGAACUCAACCUCCGGAUCCGAGAAUACCUACGAGAACUCUUUGAAGAUGCAGACUCGCUCGACAUCAUCGUACGAGUAUAUGCCAACCUUGAGGGCAUGGCAAACUACCUCGUGCGGCUCGAAAAAGUGAGGAACUUGGGUCAGCUUCGUGCCUUCUCCACCGGCUUCUGUGGACGAAUAACAAGCUUCGACUGGAUCGACACUGGCGUCGGCAAAGAAGGCGGAGCAGGAAGAAAAGUCAGAGAAAACCUCUCCUUCUUUGCCCUAAACACCCACCUCCGCCACGCCAUCGUCGCCUGUUCUCCCGCCGACCUUCCCGCCUCCCUCCUAACCACCAUCCCGCUUGAAAAACUUACCCUGAUCGAAUCCCUUCCCCUCCCCCAAUCCAUCACUUCCCUCCCCAUCAAAACCGCAAAAUUCCACUCGCUAUUCCCACCCCCGGCACCCCCCAAGGCCAUAAAACCAGUCGUGGAGCGCAGCCGCUCCGACCGCGGCCACAGCGAAGCAGACAUUAGACGCGGCGACCGCGACCGAGACCGAGACCGGGACCGCGAGAUCCGAAGGCGCGACGAUAGAGGAGGUGGUCCGCAACUGCAGCUCAUGGAGCAGGAGCACGAUGGCGGCGGCUCGACGUGGCUUGUUAUCCAGCCUGAGCGGAGCAAGAGCCAGGUUAUUGACAGGAGGGGGGAUAGGAGAAGGGCGCCGAGUGAGGAUGAUAGUAGCAGUUUGAGUAUUAGCAUUGGGCCGGAUAAUACGGUUAGUGUUGAUAGUGGGAGGAGAAGGAGGAUUAUGGGCUAA